AUGGCGCUCUUCCGCGCAGCAUUGACGCCGCUUCGGCGCAUGGCGCGUGUGCCUUUCUGCACUGCGUAUCCUAUACAUGUCUCUUUUUCAUUGAUUCACGUACGGAGUAUUGCGAGCGCACCAAAAGCAGCGCAGGAAGAAGCGCCUGAGACGCACACGCUCGGUGCAAAGCUUAUACUCAUCCUCGCUUGGGUCCCUGUAGCACUGUUUAUUACCGGGAACGUUGUGAGCAUAGCGAGCGUCAAUGGAUCUAGCAUGAGUCCCACGUUUAACCCUAUCGAUCCUACGCAGGAUAUAUACCCAAGCAGGCUCCCUUCUUCGGAUAUCGUUUUGCUAAACCGCCUGAUUACUGCGAUGCGCAACUACCACCGCGGUGAUAUUGUAACCUUAUAG